GGGGACUACUAUGAUAAACUGUGGCGGGGACUGCGGAUCUCUGCGCCUCUGCUCCUCUCGUUAUUCCGAAGCAGGCAAGCAGGUUCCUGCGAAGCUACCGCCGAAUUCCUAGAGUGAACAUUCAUCCAUUUUUUAGCUAGCGUGUCGCGUCAAGAAGCGGGACGCAAGCACGCAAACUAGCGGGAGCGGCGUGGAAAGCAGGAGUAGGACUAGGACCACGAGCGGGGGACAUCCCGCAACAAGCAGAGUUCUUGAGUUGAUCCAGCUGAGCUGCUGAGACACCGCACAUAAUCCUCAAUGGCGAGCAAAGGCAGGGAUGCUGCCACGCGGGAAAGGAGCUCCCGUGGCUUCAAACGAAAGGCCGAGGAUGUGAGCGACGAACGGGGCGCACCGUGGACGUUGGCGGAACGAAGAAGGCUCCUGGGUGCCCUGAAGAAGCACGGCAGCAGCGACGCGCAGAAACUGGCCAAGGCAGUGGGCACAAAGUCGGCGUCAGCAGUCAGCUACUUCAUGCUACAGCAAUGGAAGAACCUGGACAAGCGCCAGGUGGUGGAGAGGUCUGGGGCCGCAAUGACCAACUGGCUCCGGGUCAUGGCCAAGCCCAAGAACAAAAUCCGCCGCUCGUACGACCGCUCCCAAGUGCUGCUCCAGGUGGUGGAGCGGUGCGCGGAGGGCCCCUUCGCCAUGACCGGGGAGGACCCCCGUCUGGACGAGCUGUACCGGCUGCUGGUGGACGUGAUGGAGAACCACGUGCCGGCCGCCCUGAGCCCCACCGACCGGUGGCUGCUGGGCCGGCUGCUGGCAACCCUGGCACGCGCUCUGGCCACGCUGGACCUGGAGCCCGAGAGGGAGGCGCUGCGACAGGCGGCGGCACGUAUCGAGGGAAGUGUCGAGGGUCAGCCCGAAGGCCAAGCGAAGAAGCAGACGCGCUCCAACACGUUCCCGACCAUCGAAGAGCGCCUGCAGGGCCUGCUCCAGUCCUGGAACUCCCUGGGACUGUCCCCGGACACACUGCGGAGGCCGCACCAACUGGUCGCCGCCUGGCUGGCUGCCCGGGACUGCUGAUGGCAUGCCUUAAACGUUUUCAUUGGACUGCGCCUUUGCAUUCCCCACUCACAGGCGGCAGGGGACGGCCGCGGGUGCCAAGGAUGCAAACCGUGGCUUUGCUGCCGCAUUGUGCGGAUUUCUGUAUGCACGUUUCAGUGCAACCUUAUUAAAGAGGAGGACCUCAGCGUUGCCUCAAACUUUCA